AUUGAAUAGGGAGGGAUGUGCAAAAUGGUGUCAACCCGUGUUCUGUAGCCUUUCAAAGGCUUCCUCGUACCAUGGAAAGUCUUGAAAAUAGUUUUGGUUAUCUUAACUUGAGGGAGGCGUCACAACCACUCGCAGAUCCAUCAUGCUUUUUUUCAAAUGACCAAGUUUUUAAAGCCUAUGGAAGCCUUCCAACCAACAACCACAGGCGGAAUGCCCCUCGGUUAUCACGCUACGGAAAUGCGGAAAGCAUGACACCACAGUCUAAUGGCUAUCCGAUGUUUAAUCAAUGGAAUCCCAUUCACAGACUUGAUAAUAUUGGCCUGUUUGGUCCUCCACCGAUUAUCUUCGAUAAUGGAACUGCAAAUCAUGGUGGUGUUGUACAUCGUCCAAUGAAUAAACAGUAUAAUGAAAAGCAAAUGUGGCCCAAACCUUUGAAGAAAAGUGAAUAUGAAUUGUUUGAACAACCGAAAAGUGCUUUAAACUUUCAAUUAUAUGACAGUAUACCAGUUACACAAUCUGGACCGAACUGGACACCAGUGGAACCGAUAAAAUCAUUCAGUGAUGUUGAACUGCAUCAAAUAAUUAAAGAUAAUGUGGCCAGGGCACAAUACAUCCAUCCUACACCAGUACAAAAGUAUGCAUUGCCAAUUAUUGCUUUAAAGCGUGAUCUGAUGGCAUGCGCUCAAACAGGUUCAGGGAAGACAGCAGCUUUUCUUCUCCCCAUACUUAAUAUGCUGUUUGAAGACAAAGGUUGUGAAGCGCCUGAAGGAUCUACACUAAACUGUGCUGCAUGUCCUGUGGCAUUAAUCCUCGCUCCAACAAGGGAGUUAUCUUGUCAGAUUUAUGAUGAAGCUCGAAAGUUCGCCUAUCGUUCCAGCAUUAAACCUUGCGUAGUUUAUGGUGGAGCAUCGAUUCUUAACCAAAUUCGAGAUCUAUCUCACGGUUGCAAUUUACUUGUAGCAACGCCUGGACGCCUUGUUGAUUUGAUGAGCAGGGGUAAAGUGAGUCUGGAGCAAAUUAGAUAUCUCGUUUUGGAUGAAGCCGAUCGGAUGCUUGAUAUGGGUUUCGAACCACAGAUUCGUCGUAUAGUUGAACAGCAUGGAAUGCCACCAGCUGGAAAAAGACAAACUUUGAUGUUCUCUGCUACAUUUCCAAAAGAAAUUCAAACACUAGCACGUGAUUUUCUCCACUCGUAUGUAUUCUUGGCUGUUGGACGUGUAGGAAGCACUAAUGAGAAUAUUGUUCAAGAAAUCCUCAAUGUGGAAGAUAAAGACAAGCCUGAUAUGUUGGUUAGAUUACUGCAAGGAAAAGAUCCAGAUGGCUUGGCUUUGGUGUUUGUUGAAACUAAACGUGGAGCUGAUAUCUUGGCAAAGUUUUUAGGCCAUUUAAAUUUUCCAGUUGCUUCAAUCCAUGGUAAGCGUCCUCAGACGGAACGUGAACAUGCACUGCAAUCGUUUAGAACUGGUCGUACGCCUAUUCUCAUUGCCACAGCAGUUGCUGCUCGUGGUUUGGAUAUACCAAAUGUUAAGCAUGUAAUCAAUUUCGACUUGCCAUCAGAUAUUGAAGAGUAUGUUCAUCGUAUUGGUCGUACAGGCAGGAUGGGUCAACCAGGUUCUGCGACAUCAUUCUUCUCUGAGAAGAAUCAAAAUGUAGUACGUGAUCUGGUUGAAUUACUCCGUGAAUCGAAACAAAUUGUACCGCAAUGGUUAGAGGCACGUGUCACCUAUCCUCCAGGAUCUGCAGCUCGUCGUAAUAAUAAGAAUGGAAAUAUAAAUAGUAAUAGUAUGAAUAUGAAUAAAAAAAAUCGUCCUAAUUAUGGCUCAUUCGAUUAUCGUCAAUACGGUAACCGGAGUAUUAGCUAUGUUGGUGGUACUCUACCGAUGAAUAAUAACAACACUGGCAAUAACAAUGUAGCUAAUGGUGGACUUGGACUAUUGGGAAAUUGUUCAUUAUCAUUCCCCUUGGGUAACACACCUCCUAGACAUCCUCAAAAUAACACGUAUAAUCCAUUACUUCAACCUGGACAAAAUCAACAAUCGAAUAAAAUGUUUUGCAAAAAUAAUUCAGCUUAUAUUAAUCGAGUAAAUAUGCUAGGCGGCGGUACACAUGACCAUCAAAACAAUUCAUUACAACCAGGGCCUGUUUCCCUGUUCCAUCAUCAUCAUCAGGCUAGACUUCAACAUCCACAAACAGCUACUCUAAUGCCUACUGCGAAUCCAAAUGCUGCAAUGCAUCAAUUUUUAGCCGCUGCAGCUGUCGCCGCCGCUGGUAUGCAUCCAAUGCAAUCGAAUACUGGAAAUAUGAAUGAUGCUAUGAAUAAUAGUGGUUUUCAAAAUUCACAUGUUCAUGCUGCUGCCAACGGUGGACAUUUUGCUACGCCUACCUAUCAUCAUCAAGCUUUUCAUCCAGCCAAUGUAUUUCCAGCCUCUAAUCAAGUCUCUUCGCAUACUGUCUCUUCGAAUGGUCGUGAAGCCACCGGGACUGUUGUCUUCCCGUCACCUGCUGGACUUUAUCAUCAUGCUGGUAAUUUGAAUGGAGGAAGUACACUGAGUUCAACAAGUUCAGCGACUGGUCAUCAAGCCUUACAGCAGACUCAUCCAGGCACAACACUUAUUCAAACUGGUUAUCCUGUUCAGUAUUAUCCACAAAAUCAACAAUUCUGUCCAGUGUCUAAUGGGAUUCAGCGUCAUUCACCCCAGCAACAACAACAACAACAACAGCAUCAACACCAACAAGCUGCAGUUGCCGCGGCAAUGGCUGUCGCAGCCGCAGCUAUGAACAAUGGGAUCCAAUCGAAUGCUGACAAUUGUAACGCCGCCGCCUAUGUCUCAUCACAACACUCACAAAUGGAAUGUAAUUUGCCUAUUGAUUCUGUGACGGCGCCCAGUCCAUCUGGAAAUAUAUCUAAAAAUGGGUCUGUUAUGCAACAACAACAACAGCAACCGGUGUUCAGAAAUGACAGUGACUGGUGGGCAUCACCCAAUCCAGCCUAAUUCAUUCAUAAGUAAUAUAUUAUAAUAAAAUAUUAUUAGGUAACAUUCGAUUUGUGUGUGGGUGCACACUUUUGUGUAGUAGUAGUGAUUUUAGCCAACAUUAUUUAUGCAUCACUCACUCACACAAACACAUGCAUACAUACGUACAUGCCUAUAUAUAUGUGUGUUUUGUGGAGUACUCUUAUUCUAUGCACAACACUGGGGUUUCUUUUUUCUGGACAUUUUUGAGCAUACUUUGUUUGUCUCUGAGUCUCUCUUUAACGAGAGAUUUGCAUGCAGGCAGGCAGCCAGGUAAGGUAGGGUAGGCUUGCUUUAAAAUCAUUACAAUUUGUGCACACUUCCUUUUUUAAUUUUAACGUUCUCAUUUAUAUAUGUAGUUGCGCUUAGCUUUUAUGUUUGUUUAUCUAAUACACACUAAUAUAUCUGUUAGUCCUGUUUACUUACUGUCAUCAGUAGUAAAAUCAAUUAAUUAUAUAAUCUUUGUUUCUUCAGUAGUUCUACUGAUUCCCCGCUUUCCCAUCACUCACUCUCUCUCUCUCUCCCUAUGUUACGUUUUUUUUACUCUUGGUAGUUGUUAUCAUGUAAGCCUGUUUUUGUUCGUUUUGCGUUGCUAUCUCUCUUCUCUGCUUUAUCUGUCAUGCUGUUUUCACUUGUCUGUGUGUUUUUCUCACGUUUAUGUUUAUGCUUAUUUGAAGAAUAUUCAUUCUUGGCUUGAUUAUUUCAAGACUUCAAGUUUUUAUACUACUAGUAGUUAUUUGGCUAAUUUCAAAAUAUUUGCUCUUGUGAAGGAAAGAGGGAUGUGUAUCAACGUUGUCGUGUGAGGUGUGUAUGUAUGUAUGUAUGUGUGGGCGUGCGUGCGUGCGUGCGUACUGUUCUGUGUAGAUCUAUUCAUCACAUGGAGAGAGUACAUGUUAUCUUCUUUUUUGUCUUUUUUUCUGUCCUUUUUUUUCUAAACCCCCUGUCUUCUUGUGUUUUGUUUUUUUUCGACUUCAAUUUUUACUUGUGAAGAGAAGUUCACUCUGGCGCGCUUAAUCUCAGUCAAAUUUCAGUCAGUCAAUGGGCCAAGCAUUCGAGUCUCUCUCACUUUGUGUCGCUCUCCAUUUUACUUCAACCUCUGUUAGUAUAGUAUUAACAGAUUUCACACUCUACAUG